AUGAAGCGCACCCAAAUGGAUAGGCGGUUUCGGAUCACACAGCUAAUAACGGACGAUGCCAUCCUCUGUCUAUUGCUGAUCGUAAUGGUGGCCCUUCCCAUUGUCGCCACAGGAUUCGGCUUCGACUCGGCCAACUCUUGCACUCCCAAUGGCAAGAUGUCGCGUCGCGGCAGGGCCCAAAUGCUGGCGGCCAUUCCCUGCGAUCUGGGGAAGCAGGCCUUCUGCCACCUGCCCGGAACCGCAUAUCCCUGGCAUGCAGUCCGUCGGUUCGUGCAUGAGAACCAGGGACUGAUGAAGCGCAUGUACGGGGAUGUGCGACACAUCUCCAUACUGCGCGAUGAGAUCCAGAACAACGAGGUGGAUGAGGAUGAUAUGGAGGACGCGGCGGAGCGAUAUAGUAAGGACGGAGGACGUCGCAGUGCCAAGUAUCUGAUGCAUGGUCGCGAUCGGGAUCGUGAUCGUGAUCGGGACGACUUUGUGAGCUACAAAGGGAAUGAUGUGCUCAUGGAGCCGCACUUCCGACCCGUUUCCACGACUACGACCACGACUACAAGGGGAACGACAACAACGGAGGCUCCACCCACCACCAGUACCACCGACAGAGCAUCCACCUCGACCACAACCACAUCUGCCCCCACAUCCUCUUCGAUUUCAUCCAGUACGAGCACAACAGCUGCUCCACCUUCUGAGAAUCCCGCAGUAGUUCCAAACCCCGACUCGAAUAGUGUCUACGAGGUUGCGACCUCAACGACCACCAGCACCACGCCGUCGCCAGGCAGUGCAGGCACUGGAGACAACAUCCAAAUCAUCGACUCGCCUCAGUUGGGAUUGCGGAAUCUCAGCAGCGAGGUGAAGGCGGAUCCACCGACACCCACGACUCUCAGGCCAACCGCAGGACCCAACAAGAGCUCAUCGGCCACGGCCAGUCGCAGAAGAAAGCCAGCAGAGCCCUCCACCAUAUCGGCCACUCUGAGGGCAGUUCCCACGACGACAACCACAGCGGCUCCAACCACCACUGCCACUGUGCUGAUCCGACGAAAUGCGACCAAAUCCUCGCCUGCGAUCUCUCCUUCAGUGACCACGCCCGUCAGCUUUGCCGCCCUCUUUUCGGGCUCGUCGACGGGCUUCAGUCCGGAAAAGCAGCGUAGGCCACUGACCACAAGCACCACAUCAGCGCCAACGCCAGCUGCAGGUCCAGGUCAAGGUCCAGGUCAAGCUCAGGCAGGAGCCGCAACAAAAGCGGGACUGGUGCGUGAAAGUCAACUCUUCCAGGAUGCCAUGAAGCAGGAGCCGGUGGCGGUGAGCAGCAACAUGCGCGGAGUCAAUGCCUGUCCGGUGAAGGAUGAGGUGGUGGCCCCCUUCUGGGCGAACAACACACGCGGCGAGGUCCUGGCCCUGCUCAAUCUGUAUCCGUUCGAGCAGUACGUCCAUUGGGAGAAGUGCACCCAGGAGUUCAAGCAGAUGUUCUGCCGGGAUGGAUGCCGUUGCGAGCAGCAGUACCGCCUCCACCGUCUGCUCGCCUACGACCCGCACAACGAGUGCCGCGGCAUAUUCUCCGACUGGUUCCGAUUCCCCUCCAGCUGCAUCUGCAAGUGCUACAACAUACCCAUGGAGUUCCGCGCCACCUCCCGCAGUCCGCGCUCCGACAGUAGCUUCGAUGCACCGCAGGAGCGGAUGGACCUGAGGUCGGACCCCAUAGAAGCCGCAGAGGCGGAGGUGCAGCGAGCCAUCUACGACCAUGCCACCGAGGAGUGGUAUAGACCACGCGAUGAUUUCGACUUCUUCGAGGGGUAGUUCUUGGAGAUGGAAUCUGCAAACAGUAGAUCCAUAAAAUGUACAGUAGAUGAAUAGGUUUAUAGAUACAUAUAUAUAGAGCAUCCCCGCAAGAUCUUUCAGUCUCACUUUCUAUCUAGUCUAAGAGCUACA